CAACAUGCAUCACACACAGCGCAUGUCUGUUCUGAAACUUUAUUCAUAAACAGGAACUAGUGUUUUUUCCAGUGUUUAAAAUAAUGGGUCAGUCACAGAGUGAAAUAGACAAUGAAGUGGCACUCGCUCAGAUUCAAGGGCUGUACAAGAAGUUUGCCAGCGAGUGCCCCAGCGGAAAUCUCCAUCUUCAUGAGUUCAAACGAAUCUUUGGCAUCACCAGUGAGUCCUCUGAAGAAGAAUGUGCCUAUAUGGAGAAUUUAUUUAGGUCCUUUGAUACAAAUCAGGAUAACACCAUUGAUUUCAUGGAAUAUGUGGCUGCCCUACAUUUGGUUCUUCGUGGUAGACUUGAGGAUAAAUUGAAGUGGUCUUUCAAAGUUUAUGACAGAGAUGGAAACGGAUGUUUGGACAAGCGAGAGGUGACAUGCGUUAUUAAGACUAUACACAGACUGAAGAUGCAUGGAAACCCUUCAGGCUGUGGAGAUCUCAGCCCAGACCAGAUAUGUGACAGAAUCUUCGAACUUGUUGACAAAAACAAAGAUGGUGAGAUUUCCCUAGAGGAAUUUUUGGAAGGAGCUCAGAGAGACAGAUGGGUGAUGGAACAACUCAAACUGGAUGUGCGACCAAGUGGCUGGUUUCUUGAACAGCAAAAGAAAUAUAACCAAACAUAAUUGUGAAAACGGAUAUGCCCAUAUCUCAUAUUGUUUUUUUACAUUUUUGCAUAAACUUCCCUUUUAAAUGGAAUAAACCUUCUGUUGAUUAUGCAAUGUAAAUGCAAAAAAAUUCUGAUAUUUGCAAUUAUGUGCAUCUUUUUACUUUAUUUAAAAAAACAUCACAGUGAUUCUUAUGUUUAAUAGCUAUGAUGCAUAAAAAAGGAAUCUACACAAUGGGUCCUAUUUUAAAGGGAUAGUUUACCCAAAAAUUCUUUCAUCUCAUUUACUCACCCUCAUGCUGUCCCAGAUGUGUAUGUUUUUAUUUCUUCUGCAGAACACAAACGAAGAUUUUUAGAAAAAUAUAUUAGCUCUGUUGACCCUUUCACUUUCAGAUGUAAGAGUGAAACUAAACGGGCGCUUCAUGUGACUUUCAGGUGUGAAAUUGAAAGUGGAGAUUUAUAGUAAAAAAGGACUUAAAUAUUGAUCUAUUUCUCAAACACACUUAUCAUAUCACUUCUGAGGAUAUAGAUUUAAAGGUACACUGAGUAAUUAUUUCCUCAUUUAAAAAGUUUAACUCCUAAAGACAUGAACUGUAAUUUUGCAAUAUAUGUAGGAAAUCAUGAGCACUCACAUUAAAAUGAAGACUCCAGUCAUAUCAGUAACCUUAUAAAAGCUGUUUUAUUCUACAUGGAGAGGGUCCACACAUGAUAAAAUCACAUGACCAGCUGAAUACUACUCGUUAAUCUUAGUAACUGUCCUGUUAUUUGACACUUUCACUCAUUGAUUAAAGUAAUCAUGGCUGACUGUGAAUACUUAAUUUCUACAAUGACAUCUUAAACUGAAAACUAUUGAUUUUAAAUGAUGCUGCAUCCAAGCUACUAUUGUAAGUCCAAGAUGACACAAAAACAAAAGUUACUGAGUGCACCUUUAACCUCUGAAGUCUUAUCAAUUACAUUUAUGCUGCUUUUAUCUGCUUUUUUAUCUGAUUUCCAGCCAUCAUUCACUUGCAUUGAGAGGACCAACAGAGCUGAGAUAUUCUUCUAAAAAUCUUAAUUUAUGUUCAGUAGGAGGAAAAAGUCAUACAUACAGGUAUAUGGAAUUGCAUGAGGAUGAGUAAAUGAUGAGAGAAUUUUCAUUUUUGGGUGAACUAUUCCUUAAGAGCGCUAUUCCUUAAGCGCAGCUCUAUGCAAUAUGUCAUAUGCGCAAAGUCAGUGGGCAUGGCUAUUAAGUUUUCAUAUUUUCAAUGUGCAGGCAUGUGCUAGUCUAGGCGGAGGUGGGUUGUCAAAACCGUGUGCUCAAAGUACUUAUGGGCUGGGUCAAGUGGAAUCUGGAGAUUCUUCUCCGGUUAUUGCACCAUCUGCGUCCUAUUAUAUAUUCCAUUUCAUGUCAAGCAAAGUCGAUAUAAAUGAAGACAACCCAUUCAUAAGAAUUUGGUUGUGUAAAUGGGCUGUAUGCAAUGCAUCCCCUGCUCUGUUUGUUGCCUGUGGUGCUUUGGACAGCGAUGUGUGUGUUGUAUGUUCUCUGUCUGUCUCUCUGGGACUGCUGGCUCUCAUCUUGCUUGUCCAUGUCUCACCUGCUUGAAAUAUGCUUUGCUUCUCUCCCAUUGUUCAUUGUUUUGUAAUGUAUAUUUGUCAUAUGUUUCUUUGUUUAGCCUAAUGUUUUAUGUUUCAUUCAUUUCCGACGUCUUUGAGAUUUGGAAAGACGCUAUACAAAAUAAACAGUAUUAUUAAUUAUUAUUAUUACUUUUUUAGCAUGAUUAUGAUGAUUAUUAUUAUGAUGAUUAAUCAUAUUGAUCUACUGACACACAAAUCAUGGCUAGUAUUAAAAGUGAUCGAUAGCUCUUUGACAAUCUGCUGGUGGAAUCCCCAGACUGCAAAUGCAGUAAUUUAUUUUAGACAUGUGCCAAAAUUAGACGUGGUUUUCAAACGUCUUAGCGCAUUGACCUAUUUCUCACGAAAAAAGCAAAUUGCGCUUCUCGCCACUUCAAAAAUACACCCACAGUUUGCGCGCAUACACCCACAGAUAGCGCAAACACUCCCAUCCAUGCCUACUUGCGCUUUGUGCUGGCACGAAAAUUGCACUUAGAAUUAGCCUUCUCACGAAAAUUGAAUAAGAAGUGGCGCACAGUCAAGUAGCAAACAGACAAAUAAAAAAAUAAAAAACUACUUUGGCUUUAGAUGACAAUUAUGCUUUUCCUAUUGUUAUUACUUACCCCUGCAGGUUAGCCAAAUGCUGCUUUCAAGUCCUUUCUGAGAGCUUCCUACUUACAAGUUUGGAAAGCAGAAUAAUGAUGUGUUGUGCUUUCAAGUGAUUUUGGUCUC